AUGUGCGCAGUUGCAGUGCCGACGACAACCACGACGACGAUGACCCCAUUAUUCUCACCUCCAAAAGUUGCUUCACCACUCUACAAGUCGUACUCUCUGAAUUAUUCUUCUCCUUCUCCUUCUUAUUCUUCUUUGCCGAGAUCCGUGUCCUGUCCGCCGUCUGCCUCGUCAUUGCCUGAUGUUGAUACUGUUUUGAAGAGGAAGAGGCCGGCGAGAAUUGACGUGCCGACGAUUGUGCCGUCCAUCGGUUUUGGAUUUGGAACUUUCGAGACGCCGGAGGUGAUGGAGGAGGAAGGAGAAGGAUAUUCAGUUUAUUGUAAAAGAGGAAGAAGACGGAGCGCCAUGGAGGAUCGAUUCUCAGCCACAGUUGGAAUUCAAGGAGAUUCUCGGCAGGCUUUCUUCGGAAUUUUCGAUGGACACGGAGGAGCACAAGUGGCGGAAAUCGCAGCGAAAAGAAUGAGCGAGAAUGUAAUCGAUCAAGUAACGAGAAGAACCGAAUCGGAACUCGAGGAAGCAAUCAAAGACGGCUAUCUGGCGACCGAUCGGGAAGUAUCGGAGGAAGGAGUCAGCGGCGGCGCCUGUUCCGCCACCGCAUUGAUUCGGAACGGACAUCUCGCAGUCUCGAACGUCGGCGAUUGUCGCGCCGUGUUGAGUCGAAAGGGAAAAGCGGAAGCCCUAACCUCCGAUCACCGAGCGUGUAGAGAAGACGAGAGAAAUCGGAUCGAAAAAUCGGGCGGUUAUGUAGACUGUUGCCGUGGGGCAUGGAGAGUUCAAGGAACACUGGCUGUAUCUCGAGCCAUUGGAGACAAGCAUCUGAAACAGUGGGUGAUAUCAGAGCCGGAGACGAGAGUAGUGAAGAUCGAGGAUGAUUGCGAUUACUUGAUCCUUGCUUCUGAUGGUCUUUGGGACAAGAUUACGAAUCAGGAAGCAGUAGACGUAGUGGAGGCAGCGUGCGGCGUGGAGAUCAUGGAGAAUAAAAAACCAAAUCCGCUAUUAAUGUCGGCCUGCAAACAGUUGGCGGCCUUGUCAGCAUCAAGAGGCUCAGUCGACGAUACCACUGUUAUGAUCAUCAAAUUAAAUUGCCUUCAUUUGAACUAA